AUGCCCUGUGCGCCUCGUGUAUCGGUGUCUGCGCGAGCCAAAAUCUCCUGCGUACGCUGUCAUCGUCGCAAGAAGAAGUGUGAUCGUGUCCUUCCGCAGUGCGGGAACUGUGCGUCUGUGCACCACACAUGCAGUCUUGCCGAGGAAGAUCACGACAGUGCCACAUACCCAGUCGCUUUCGUUCGAAGCCUCGAAGAGCGCGUCCGCGAAUUGGAAGGACAGCAAGCCAGCCUGGCGUCGCCUGGGACGCGUCAAUAUCAAGUGGAAGGAGCAACUGCCCAGCUUGAGGUCAACACGACGCGCAGUCCUGAUGAGAGUACGAAUCAAGACUUUCUGGGUAAUACUGAUGUGACGCUUGCGGAUCAGCGUGUGUUGAGCCAACAUGGUGAUGAUGUUAGUGAAGUCUACUUUGAGCGAUCACCAAUCGUAGCACCUCAGCAGGGUGAUGUGAGUUCAAGCUUGCCUCACCAAGAGACUCUUGCACAGAACCUGAGAGAUGUCUCUCUCGCAGCGGUAGCAGAACCUUACUUGGGCACGAUUUCCGGACUGACCUUCGCCAAAUUGACCCAAGCAGUGCUUCGAAGACUAUCACCGGAUGGUAGAGAUUUUGUCUUCAGUCCUCGUAGGGACAACAAUACGGUGCCUAUCGAGGGCGCCACUCACUUACAUCUGGACCUCAUAAACAGUAUGUACUUUGACUACGACCAAGCGAUCGAUUUCUCUCUCCUGGCCGGAGAAGGGACAUCGCCCGCUUGUGUUGCUCCGAGCCAGAUUGAGACAACGCAACUCCCAGGCCGGCCCGAGGUGCUACGGCUUGCCAAGUUUUACUUUGAUCAUUCUCACACUCUGUAUCCUAUCGUUCACCAACAAGAGGUCAUGUCGGACAUCUAUUCAAUAUUGGAGGAUCCUGAGUACUAUAUAAUGCUAUCUCCGGCAAGCAUGUUUCGAAUUUGGAUGGUGCUAGCUAUUGGCUCGACGACUUAUUCUUCGAUAACGUUAGCAGAAGAAUAUGUGUCCCGGAUGUACUAUGAAAAGGCGAUGACAUUUUUUGAUGCCUCUAUGGACCAUGGCGACAUCGUCGCGCUCGAGGCUCUAAUGCUUCAAGUCUCAUUUUCAUUUUUCAACCAAUUGGGCCCAAAUACAUGGUUCUUGGUUGGUACUGCUGCUCGUCUGGCACUAGGAAUGGGCCUGCAUUGUGAUUCGACCUUCCAAGGACUAUCGGAGGCACAAACUGUCAGGCGUAAGCGUCUGUUCUUCUCAAUAUACAUGAUGGAUAGGCUUGUGUCUAUCACCCUCGGCAGACCUUUCGCGAUCCACGAGGACCAUAUUGACAUAUCUUCGUUCACCAUUGAAGCGUGCGAAGACUUAGACUACAGCCCUAAUAGCGCUCGGAGCACUUUGUGUAAACCACCCAUGGCCAUUACCAGUCACAUCUUGCAACUCAGAAGAAUCGCGAAUGAUAUUGCUACGAAGGUAUACUGUAAGCGUGUGGUCUCACGUUACUCGGCUACGGAACGGCAAGAGGUCUUAGCAAAACUUCGCCAAGACCUGGUGAACUGGCGACAAAGUGUACCUUUUCCGUUACCGAAUCUGGACCCCCGAGUGCCACAAGGAUGUCUGAGCUGGUACGACUUGAACUUCUACACUCAUCUCACGACUCUCUAUCGUCCGUCGCCUUUGUUCCCGACGCUUGACAUUGACCGAGUCAACAUUUUGACCGAAGCAGCCGCUAUGGCUAUACGGCAUGCAAAUAGCAUGCGCCUGCAGAAACGUCUGGCGUUCAAUUGGCUAAACCUACUUACCAUCUACAAUCUAGUCAUUGCCUUGGUGUACUCGGUCACGGUACAACCAGAGAAUCUUGCUGCUUCGCUGGAACGACUGCACGCCGUGGAUGAUCUGGAACUUGCCACUGAAUUGUUCACGGUCUUGGGCGAGAAGUUUCCUGCUUCAAGGACUAUCGGCGCAAUGAUUUCGCAGAUCAUCGACCGAUACAGACUUAUGAGCAGCGGUCCGAUAUGUUGA